CCCAGGCGAGCCGGCGACAUCUCCGCGACCGACAGGAGGCUACUACAUUAUUUAGUUAGGUAUCCACUCAAAGGGAAAAAACAGCACUUGUGUAUAUCAUCUAUGAUGUUUAUCUCGGAAUAGUACAGUUUUAAAAUAAUUUUGUUCAUGUCCACAUUUUUAUUUUAUUAAUGCGCGUGCAAGUCUGUCGAUGCCGAUAACAUUCUGCAGAUUGGUAAGUGACAUUUUCUCCCUAAUUCGUCAAGUCCACGUUACUUUUAAAUGGACUAUUCAGUACUAAUUCACGUUUACCUUUGCUUUACCCUUUAAUAAAAAUUAUAAACUGGAGAGAUUUUAAAGGAGGAACUUCUUAGUUAAAUGUUUGGGGAUCCCAACUUUUUGUAUCUAAAGGUACUAGCAGACUGUCAUAAUAACAUUAGUUUAAAAUGAAAAAUAAAUUACAUUGCAUAUUGAAAAUUGAUGAUAAACUGCUUAGUAACUUUAAUGAAAAUGUCAAUAUUCCUUCUAAAUUUUUCCAAUAGAAUCCAAUGCAUGUGCCUGAAUAGAUUCGUUUUUUGUUGUAACAUACAUUAAAUGUACACAGGGAAUGUAUAUGUUUUUGCAACGGGCAAUAUGAUAGAAAGAACAAGCUGUAAAGAGACCGUAAAUACCGAUUCUGCAAGUGUCUCGGCUCUACAUGCCAAGUACCGAUUUUCAUCUGAAACCUAGUUUGACCCUUGCCUUUAUGUUAACAAGCAUGAUUUAAAUACCAGUAUAUUUACAAUUAACAUUACAUAUUAAUAUAAGAAUACUGGGCAUUACCGUAAUGCCGUGGCAAUUUUAAUACCAAGUGGAAUCCGCAUGCUCCCUUCAGCAGUAGACUUCAGUAUCUAUCUGCAAAGUUAUAUACAGAAUCUUACAGUUUCCCCAUUAUACCGAAACAUUUCUGCUUGAAGUGUAAGUUUAUAUCUGUUUGAGAAAAUUCACACCUCUAAAUAGGUUUAAAAAAGAACGAAAUAACCAUAAUGUAUCAUAUAGAUAUAAUGUAUCAUAUAGAUAGGGUAUGGUUACAUUGUUUCUUGCGGCAGGUUUAUGCUUUCCGUGGCACUACUACGUUUUGAGUAAUUUCUCUAAAAAUGCCAUUUUGAUGUGUGUCCUUCAAUGAAACCACAUUUUGCAAAAGACUCAUGUAAUGACCACAGACAUUCUAAACAGGGUGUUGUUGUCGCAGCCCAGUUCUUGUGGUAGUGAACACAGAGUAAGCGCUAUUGGAAUCCAGCAGGGCGUUGCACCCGUGAGGUCAAGAAGUGUGACAGUAUUUCUCACGGGUCAUUCUGCGCGUUAAAGGACGAGCUCUGCUGUGGUCCUGUUCCGUCACUCACCUGCUCUGCGGCUCUCGUGCUGCUGUAACAUGCCACGCUCUUUUCUAGUCAAGAGUAAGAGACCAGGGUCUUACACGUCACGGCCCAGGAGAGGCCAGGUUUUUGCUGGACCCACCCUGCUUCAAACAUCCUUCCAGGAUGUUAUGCAGACAUCGUGGCCAAGACAGACACCAUCUCCUGUAAACAUACACAAUGGGGUCAAAGAGACCCCGUCCCUGGAGACUCCAAUUCUUGGGACAGGGGACAUGUACCCUGCGCUCCCCCCUGCUAGGGGCCCCACACCACACACGGGUUUGCAUGCUGACAUCACGGUUCCUAACAGAAGCUGGUCUGCAGGUUACAGAAUCGCCUCUCCUACACCAGUGCUGCCCUGGUGUCAAGUGUACCACCAUGCUCCUGGAAAAGAACAAGUGCUGGAUAGGAUGGUGUUCACGUUGCUGUGUCCUGGAUGGGAUGGCAGCCGCGGUCUUUGCGGUGAGCGUUGCCCCGCCAGCUGCACUGCAGAAACUCACUUACAGAAACUGGCGGCCAUGCUGGCUCCGUGUGCCAGCGCUAGUGACCACGCCCCCAGCUUCAGUUGCCCAAUGAAUGUUAAGGAUGAGCGUUUCGGGUGUAAGAUAUGCGGCAAGGUCUUCAAGCGCUCCUCCACACUCUCCACGCACAUGCUGAUUCACUCGGACACGCGGCCCUACCCCUGCCAGUACUGUGGCAAGCGCUUCCACCAGAAGUCUGACAUGAAGAAGCACACCUUCAUACAUACAGGCGAGAAGCCCCACGUGUGCAAGGUGUGUGGCAGGGCCUUCAGUCAGAGCUCCAACCUGCUGACCCACUGCCGCAAGCACACCGGCCACCAGCCCUUUCCCUGCGACAGCUGCCAGCGCAGCUUUCAGCGCAGGACGGACCUGCGCCGCCACCAGGAGCUGCACUGCAGCAACAGGGCCCCCGGCAGCCUGCUGUGGGCACCCUAACAUAAAUCAGACAUCCUGAAUCUGCCGAGUUCCAUGUGUCCUCGGGUCAACAAGGGAGGGGUUUAACCAAUUUAAUCACUCCUUUAACCAAUCACAGUCUGCAUCAUAUGACAUCACCACAUUGGGCCAUUUUUUUAUUUUCUGUGCCUGUGAUCACAAGGUCGCUGAUUCAAGGCUUUUUAUUGUUGUUAUUAUUGUUAUUCUAAUUACUAUUAUCAUCAUGAAACAGACGCACCCUUACAUUGCUCCAUACAGCCUUUGCAGGUGAGCAUGUUCCUGUGUUUUUGUUUAUCCGUGUCCCUUAAUAAAAUGCAGACACAAAUGAAACAGGUACUUUAGGAAUCUGUGCACCUUGCUGCUUAACAGAAAACACUGGUUUUACUGAAGGUGGUGACAUCAUACAAUGAAGACUGUGAUUGGUUAAAGAUCCCUUGUUGACCCAGGAACACAUCAGAUUAGACAAAUUCAGGGCGUGCAACACAAAUCACUCAGGCAAACACAUAUAGCUCACAGACAGCACCCCUGCAGUACGUAUGAACAGCACAGACAGAACAGCACCUACACCAUACAGCACGCCACACAUACACUCACAUGGAUACAUACAGGACAAUUUACAGAAUACAGGCAACAAGCAGACACACACAUGUACUGCACUGAACACCCAAGAGGGUCCUGAGCGCCUUCUACCAUUGUGGUGACAGAUUUUGAAUGUUUACAUAUUUGAAUAACCACCAAAGAGCAACCAUUUUGCAAUACAGACAUCUGACGUAUCAGUGGAUUCAUCACAUAUAGAUUGCUAUGGAUGUGAGGCAUCAUAUAAAAUUGUGUCUUCAAUUAUUUUCAAUAAAAAAAAUUUA